AUGAGAGUUAGGUUAGCUUCUUUGCAGAUUUUGAUCAUUGAUGAAGUGUCAAUGGUUUAUAAACGACUCCUCUACUACAUACAUGAACGUCUGGUGCAAAUCAAGAAAUGUAAGGAACCCUUCGGUGGUAUUUCUGUCAUAGCUGUUGGUGAUUUUUACCAACUACCUCCUGUGAAACAACGAAAAGUGGAAAUAUUGUACAAAGAAAAUGAUGAAUAUCCCGUAGAUUACUGGAUAGAGUUUUUCAAAAUCAUAGAGUUGGAGGAAAUUAUGAGACAACGUGAAGACGCAGCAUUUGCCACGGUUUUGAAUUCACUACGGAUUGAAAGAUCAGAGGAACCCCUAUCAGAAGAUGCGAAAACAAUGUUAAAAGAAUGCAUUAGAGAUGGUCCAGAUGAAGUACUGCACGUGUAUCCUACAAAUGACGAAGUAAAUGAAUACAAUCUGAAGAUGUUGCGAACAAACUGUGAAGAAUUCAUAGAGAUUACAGCUGAAGAUUAUCAGAAAGACAAAACUACAGGAAAGCUGACUUUACGCGAGAAACCGUUCAUAAGAACAAGAACUGAUGGUCUCUCUUCUUCUUUGCUGUUUUCUGUGAAAGCUAGAGUGAUGUUGACAAGAAAUAUUAAUGUGGAAGAUGGACUUGUUAAUGGAGCAAUUGGUUAUAUUUCAGCUUUUGAAUUGGGAACAAAUCAGAAAAGAAAUAGGGUAGAAGGAAUCAGAAUUGUUUUUGAAAGCAAAGAGAUUGGGAAACUGCAAGGGAAGAAGACAUGUCAUGGAAAUGAAGUACUGAUUCAAAGAAUACAAGAAGAUAUCAAAGAAAAAAAUACAAAGAAUGUUGUUCGACACCAGUUUCCUCUGAAACUUGCGUGGGCAUGUACAGCGCAUAAAGUUCAAGGCAUGACAGCAAACAGUGUUGUUGUAAAUUUAGAUCGUACUUUCGCCCCUGGACAAGCAUAUGUUGCCAUUAGCCGUGUCACUUCACAAAAAGGUUUAUACAUAGAAACAAAAGAUGAAAAUGAAUUGCCUAAAAAAAUUUACGCAAAUCCGGAUGUAAAAUCGGCACUGGAAAAAAUGGCAAAAUUAAUCCCUGAACAUGAUUCUCUGAACUUGCACCCAAAAGAUGGAAAAUUCAAAACAAUUGUUUUACUCAAUGUACAGAGUCUAAGAGGACAUUUUCUAGACCUGAAAAGUGAUACGAGAUUUCUCCAUGCAGACUUUAUAUGUAUAACAGAAACAUGGUUGACAGACAAUGAGAGUACCAAAAACUUAGAAAUUCAUGACUUUGAAUAA